CUCCUUCAUCUUUUGCUCCUUCUUCAUAAACACCAUAUCCUUUUUCAGUUUUUCCUAAUUACGAAAAAGAAACUCAUUUUUACACAACAAAAUCCCGCCGGCAAAAACGAAAGCAAAAAUGUGCAGAGGCUUUCAUCCGAACCGGCAAGACUGCAUAAAGAUGCAAGCUUUCUACAUCCACAUGUCCGUUUUCCCCACAACCCGAAACUCCUUGCCCGAAUUCCUGACGCUGAAUUACCUCCCGCGCAUAGACGACAGCCCACUGGAGAUAAACGGGUCCAGGAUCCGAUCCGACGCGCCCGGGUUCGUGGCGCUCCACCGGGUCGUCUCUGCCGCCGCGGCCGUGACUGGGGCGGUUUACGGGAGCCGGGAGAGAGUCAGAGCCAGCGAAGGGGCGAGGUUCGAGCUAUACGUGGGAGAUUCCAGACUGAUGAAGGGGACUUUCAGGAAAGACUGGGAAGGGGAUUUCUGGAAAUUGGAGUGGGAGUGCUUGUUGCCGGAGGAAGAGGAAAAUAACCGUCGUCUGGGAAUCAAAGCGGCGGAGGUCUGUAUAUCGGUGGAAGGAGGCGCGGCGGAGUGGAUCACGGGGAAGGUGGAAAUGGCGCAUCCCCGGAGGCGGCACCGGCGGAGGUGUCAUCUGGGGCUGGAAGAAAUUCCUGAGCGAAGAGAAACAGAAACAGAGGUUGAGGGAAGUCGGGAUUGUUGCUGCUGCUGUGGGGAAGGGGAGGAGAUGGAGGGGGAGGACGGCGGAGAGUGCGACGCGGCGGCGGAGGGAGUGGGAUGGGCGGUGGAUGUGGGGAUAUGGAUGGUUUGUUUAGGUGUGGGGUAUUUGGUUAGCAGAGCUUCUCGAAAGAGUUUAAUGAGAAAGCUGAUGCCUUCAUAAGUUCAUUAAUAAGAAAUCUGAUUAAUUAUUAAUUAUUAAUCAGAUUGAGUGAUAGAGUGUAAUAUAGUUACAAAGAAGUUAGUAGUUGUGAAUACGUAUGAGCUGAGACCUUAGUAGUUGUGAUUUUGUGAAUUUGAUACUUCAAAGCUCUAAACAAAUUCUUUUGAAUCAUAAUAAAAGCGGUAUAAUCUUGGUUAA